UCACUUGAUUUAGAGAGUAUUAUUAGUUCUUCAGCUGUUGGAUGUGAUUUGAAAGAGAAGUGAAAGAAGGAAGAGGAACUGGAGGUUAUUUCUGAAGGUUCUGGAUAACAGUAGAUCAGUGUUUUGUCGGGGACUGAGUCGAAGAGCACCUGCACAUAUCUGCUGUCAGCAUGACCUCGACAUAUAAAUCCACGUUUACAGAGGAGCGUAACUUCACGUCCUCGCCUUACAAAAGUUUACACGACAAUUAUGUUUCUAACAGACCCGGUUUAAGCAGGAUAAAGUCUUUCCUGUUAAUUAUGGGAUGUUUGACUAUCCUUGGUGGUUUACUUGCCAUUGCUUUGAUUGAGAAACUGAGAAACCAGGAAAAGAUUGAUGAAGCUCUGAAUCCAAACCACACCGACACACACGAGCCGGUACUGAACGCUGAAGAGAGCAGGAUCCUCCUUGUUGAGAGUAUUCCUUUAUGGAUGGACUACGGAACCAAUGCCACUUUCGGAGAACCUUUGUACAAAGCAUGGAAGGACCUUAUCUCUACUGCAACCACACAGAUUGAUGUUGCCUCGUUCUAUUGGUCUCUGACAGGAGAGGACAUUAACGUCAACUCGUCCACUGACAGACCUGGUAGAGACAUUCUGGAGCAGUUUAAAGCCUUGCCGAAGAGGAACGUGUCUGUGAGAGUCGUCGCCAGCUUUCCUUCCAUAGCGCCCAACUCAACUGAUCUGAGAAUUCUGAAAGAACAUGGAGUUCAUGUAAGGAGGAUUAACUUUAGACGUCUGACCAGAGGAAUCCUCCAUACUAAAUUCUGGAUAGUGGACAGAAGACAUAUCUACAUUGGCAGUGCCAACAUGGACUGGAGAGCUUUAACUCAGGUGAAGGAACUUGGAGUGGUGCUUUAUAACUGCAGCAGUCUGGCCACCGACCUCCAGAAGAUCUUUCAGUCCUACUGGGUGAUGGGUCGACCAAACGCCACCGUCCCCGAGCCGUGGCCUGCCUUUUACGACACCUCCAUCAACGCAGAGCAGCCCCUCCACCUGAACCUCGACACUGUGCCCUCCAGAGUUUACAUAGCGGCCUCCCCUCCAGCCUUCUGUCCGGAUUCCCGCACCAGAGACCUGGACGCAGUUCUGUCUGUAAUCAGCCAGGCACAGCAGUUUGUUCAUGUGGCCGUUAUGGAGUAUUAUCCUGCUUCCAAGUUCUUUUAUCAUCACAGAUACUGGCCAGAUAUUGAAACUGCACUAAAACGCUCAGCUUUUGAGAGAGGUGUUGCCGUGCGUCUGCUGGUGAGCUGCGGUCGUGACAGUGACCCCGCUGUACUGCCCUUCCUAAAGUCACUGGCAGCGCUGGACUACCCAUCUGAAAAUAUCAGUAUAGAAGUGAGACUCCAUAUCGUUCCAGUGGCGAAUCAGACAGACAUUCCCUAUUCCAGAGUGAACCAUAAUAAAUACAUGGUCACAGAUAAAACAGCAUAUAUAGGCACCUCUAACUGGUCUGCUGACUACUUUAACACCACUGCUGGAGUGGGGUUUGUGGUGUCUCAGGAUGCCGUGAAUUCCUCCUCGCCCGGAGAGACGUUAGUGGGUCGGCUGAGGGCUGUGUUUGAGCGAGACUGGAGCUCACAGUUUGCAGUGCCACUUGAAAAACUGGGUCACAACCCUGACUGUGCCUUUUCCUAAACACAGCCCUGCUCUCAUCGCCUGAGAAUUCACUUAUUAUAUAAAGACUCAUUACAGUGAGAAACGAGAGAAAUCUUACAAUGUGGAGAUCAUACUGCAGACUCCAGGAUUAUUUGGAUUGGUACUUCUAAAACUUCUGUAACUGACAUACAUUCCCAUUUAUAUGUUAUCAUUUAUAUUUUAAACACUGAACCUUUACCUCCUGUUUUAUUCAAAUAUGCAUAAAAUAGUUUAUGCAGAAAGUCAAAUUACGUGUAAUAUAAAUAUUACGUUCAUAAGCUUUACAGAGACACACAUCUGGGAGUGUAUAUACAGUAUAUGCAUAAAUACUUUGUGUUAUCUUUUUUUUCAAUUAUGUUAACUUCAUAAAAUAAAUAAAAAUACUUUAUUAAAUUGGGCAAA